GCCAGGUGGGGCCCGUCAAGCACUCGGUCCCACCUGCCUGCCUCCUCCUCUCGCUCUCAGCCGUCUCCUCCCCCUCUCACGUCUCAAGUACUCAGCCCUUCCCUCCCUUACGUCCCUUCCCGCACGGCAGAGCCCGCAACGGCCAUGGAGGAAGACGCAGCCUCGGAGAUCAGCGACUGGGAGGUGCUCUCCGUCGCCUCCGCCUGCGGGGGCGACAACGACGAAGUCGUAAUCGUCUCCGGCGGGGCCGGCGACGUCCUCCACGACCACUUCGCCCUCGUCCCCGCCGCUGCCGCGCCCUCCGAUGCCGGCUUCUCUGGCGAGGGCCCGUGGUCGGAGUCCAGCGUCUUCUCUGGUUGCGAGGUGCAGAAAGCGGCCUUAGGAUUAUUGGAUGGAUUAUAUUCUAUUUUGCAUGAAAGAUUCGAUCUUCUCGCUGGGGUUUCUGGCGACCAGUUGCAGGUAGUCGGGGUUGAUGAAUCCAGAGAAAGCUCGGUUCUUGAAGCUGACACGGCUUGCGACGCGACAUGGAGUCCUGAGGGAAGGCAAGCUGAGGCGGUAGACGUGGAGAUAGGGCAGGGGAAUAAUGACACGCGCAGUUGCGGCGGAUUGGAGUCGAUUCUGCAUCGGACUCGUCAUGAGGUGGGAGAAACUCUGUAUUCUGACGCGGCUACGGUCAUGGAUGCAUCGCAGAUUGAAUUAUCAGAGAAUUCCAAUGUGCAAUCGGAAGAUGCAGGAGCUGAUGCUCUUAUAGAAAGCUCAUGUCUUGAGGAUGUUGUGACAACUGAUGGAGUGCAGGAUGAGCAAGAGGAGGAGGAGCAAAGGAACAGUGCUAAUUCUGCUUCCUGUUGCGAGAAUUCGGAUGGUGAGGUGAAGGAUGGUUCUUUGCCCCUGGUUCAAAACCCGGAUACGGGCGGUGAGGGAGAGAGGCAAGUGGUUGUCUGGUGGAGGUUGCCGUUCAAGCUGCUGCAUUACUGUGCUUGGAAGGUGAAGCCGGUGUGGUCCUUUUCCAUCGCGGCGGCACUGCUGGGCCUGGCUGUGCUCGGGAGGAGGAUGUACAUGAAGAGGCGCAAGGCAAGGGGCCUUCCCCAGAUUAAGAUCGUGUUUGAUGAUAAGAGGGCCUCCCAGUUUGCAGAUCGUGCAUCACGUCUCAACGAAGCCUUCUUGAUAGCGAGACGUGUACCCAUGCCGAGAACUUCAUCCGGUGCAGUGCUUCCAUGGUCAAUGGUUCAAGAGAGAUGAGCCAGCCUGUUCGAACCUCCGUCAGAAGGUCCCGUGUUGCAUUAGUAAGCAACUGGUCUGCCUGAUAAGCAUCAGCAGGAGCAUCUAAAUUGGCUUUGCCUUGAUGCCUUUUCCUUUAGACUACGCAUCCAGGAUGCCAAUGUUGAUGCCUGAUGCAUAGCUAUACUUUUGGUCUAUUACGCUUUUGAUCGCCCUUGCUUGGUUUAGUCCUUGGUCAGUGGAGUAGUCCUGAAUGUGUCAUCGCUCCAGUCAUGUGUUUUUCUCUUAUGUUAAAUUGUUAAGCUAGACUGCUCAAGUUCCAUGUGUUA